AUCUUCUCAGACUUCUAAUUUUUUAGACAAGCAGCAUGGCUGACGACUAUAUAGAAGACAGCGAAGGUCCGUUCUCCUCUGGUCCUCCUCCAUUUGUACCCUCUGAGGAGUCUAAGGAAAGCCUGACGAGCGAGUACAUUAAAGUUGAUCACAGAGAAGGAGAGAGCAGCAGCCCAGAGAUGAUAAGCGGGCCUGAAGAUCCAAACGACCCUCUUCUUCCACCUCCCGACCCUCCCUCUCCUCCAAAGAGGGACCCUUCUCCAGUAUCGGGAUUUGAUCCCCCUCCUUUGAUCAGUGGGAUUGGAGGAGUUGAAGACAUUCCUCCGAAGAGAGACGAAGCCUCAUUCUCUAGACCUUCUCCUAAGCAUACUGUGGAGACAGUAAGAGCUGAAGGUUACCUUAGCUUUCUAAAUGUCCUUCAUCCAUUUGUUCUGAAUAUUAUAUUUUGGAAGGAUAUCAAGUUGAGUUCUCUCUCUCUUGUUGUCUGCCUGGUCACGUUGCUCACCCUCUAUCUUAAUACACUGCUGCACACUGUUGUUCUCAUCUUGCUGGCGGCCAUGAUUGUCUCUCUUAUAUUCAUUGUGACAAAGAUUGCCAUUGAUUCUUUUUAUAACAGACAGAUAAAGAACCCAUUUAGUGCCUAUUUGGAGUGUCAAUUAACUUUUAUUAAUGAAGAGGCCGCUGUUCUUCUUGUUAAAAGUUGUGUCAAGGACAUCAACCAUUAUGCCAACCUAAUCACUAAAUUGAUCUUCUUUGAGAGCUACAUAAGAUCUUUAAAGUUUGUGGUUUUUCUGUUCCUGGCAUCUUAUCUCACUAACUGUUUUAGCAUCAUGACCUUAUUGUUCCUUGGGGUUGACAUUCUGUUUGGUGUUCCACCUAUAUACACACACUACCGAGUUGUAAUUGAUCAGUAUAUAGAGAAGAUUGGCUACAAGUUGGCGGAACUCUAUCAGAAGGUCUCGGCUAAGAUUCCAUUCCUUCCCAAAUCUAAAUCUGAUUGACCUUAGAGACUGAGAGAAAGUGUGGCUGUACUUUUAAAGAGUGACAUAUUGACUUGUUCUUAGAUUAUUUUCGGAUCAUUUUUGGUGUGCACAUACACACACACACACACACACACACACACACUUAACCUUGUGAUAAUUAAGAAUAAUAAUAAUUAUUAUAA